UCGUCCGAGCUAGCUACAGACUGUCGAGUGUCGAGUCUUGUGUAGUUCAGCCCAUUUUGGCUACGAAAGUCAGGAGUAUCUUACUAUGGCCACCAAAGUCAAGAAGGGCGAGAAGGAAGCCAAUCCAUUCUCGUUCAAAGCUUUUGUUUCCGGCGGACCCCAGCAAUCCGGUGACUUUGCAUCGGAUGAGGAGGAUGUGCAACCGAUCAGAGAAGUUCCUCCUGUGAAAAAGCCAUCGAAGGUCAAGAGUAAAAAGGCAGCAGCCAAGGUAGCAAAGCCUGCCACUCUUCCAGCAGUACCUGAUCUGUUUGCACAGGAUGAUGAACCUCUAGCAGUCCCCGCUCGAAGUGAUAGCGCUGCUGGUCCAGUGCCGAAGAAAGCAAGCGAUGAGAGGGCAAACCCGUUCUCGUUCACAUCGUUUGUCAAGCGAGACUCAACGCCGUCUGUUCCUUUUGUGGCUAAAGGUGGGGGAUCGUCCGAUGAUGAUUGGGCGAAUUCCAGUGGCGAGUUGGCAUCUGCACCAUUGCCCUCGCGCCCAAGUGCUACUACAGGCCUCCCAUCCUCACGCGUUAUGUUUUCAAGUUCAGAUGAUAAUGAUGAUGAUGACUCGAGUGUUUCGAAUGGCGUUGGACUUCCAGCACCUCCCGCUGCAAGACCUUCAUCUUCUGGUCGUGGCACAGCAAACUCCGAACACCUGCUGCGGCAACUUGAGAAGCUGCAAGAAGAAAACACACGGCUGGUUGCUCAACUGACAGCUGCUGAACAGAAGGCCACAGCCGAGAAAAAGCGGUGUCAGAAGUUAAAGAAGCAACUGGAAGUUCAGCAGAAACGUGAGAAGGAGGAGGCAGCUGUGCUGGAGCAGGCAGUGCAAUUAGUGGAAAAGAACCUAGAAACAUCGACUAUACGAGCGGUGAAAGCAGAGCAAACAGUGGAACAGCUGAAGCAGCAGCUCCUUCUAGCUCAGGCUCAGCCCGCAAGCGAAAAGCUGCACAUGCAACAUGCCCAGCAACUGGCUGCAAUACGAGAGAAAGGCGAGCAGGCAUCUUUAAAGCUCGUCACAACAGCACAGAACGCAGAGAAGUCUAUCAAGGAAUUGAUUGGUGGUGUAGAAAAUCUAAAGUUUGUUGCGGAAUUGCUCUCAACCAUAGACCGAUUUGCAGAGGUUCCACCAGGUGUGGAUUAGUAGAUGCUAGAAGCAUUGAUAUUUAUAUGUGUGUGUGUAUGGAUGUUUUACUUAUCCGUCUAUAUUUUCACCAUCGAGAAGCUUUUAAUUUUUUUAUAAUUUUCCAUAAUUAUUUCCAUAGGGUGCAUGGGAAGUUGGGAACAAUGGGGGCUUUCUUAACCUUUUUUAAUUGCUUUCACUAUUCAAGCCUUUUGGCAACUAUUCUUCACUUGCUCUUCCCUGGAACUGUUUUGGACAUUCCUCACGAAAUUUGAAAUCAUUUUAAAAAUUUGGCUUACCCCAUAAAAUUUACAUCUUCACCUUUUACAAUCUACAGUCCCUACAUGAGAACAUAAUUCUGUUGACGCGCAA